AGUUUUCGGUGGGCACGCCGCGUACCAACGCGAGUCACGCAGUGCCUGGAGAUUCCGUCGCCUCCCUGAUAGAAGAUCGAGAGAGAGAGAGAGAGAGAGAGAGAUGGGGAUCAGAUUCAUAUUGCUGGUGAACAAGCAAGGGCAGACGAGGCUCGCUCAAUACUACGAAUACCUGACGCUGGAAGAGAGGAGGGCUCUCGAAGGGGAAAUCGUCCGUAAAUGUCUCACCCGUACGGAACACCAGUGUUCAUUCGUUGAGCAUCGGAAUUACAAGGUUAUUUACAGGCGGUAUGCAUCACUUUUUUUCUUAGUAGGGGUGGACAACGAUGAGAAUGAGCUAGCUAUUCUAGAAUUCAUACAUCUGUUGGUCGAGACCAUGGACCGCCAUUUCGGAAAUGUGUGUGAACUUGAUAUCAUGUUCCACCUUGAGAAGGCACACUUCAUGCUGGAGGAGAUGGUCAUGAAUGGAUGCAUUGUCGAGACAAGCAAAUCAAACAUUUUGUCACCAAUACAGCUCAUGGACAAGGCCUCAUAAACUCAAUAACUUGUUUCUUCAAGUCAAGGUACAGUUGGUUUUAAGGCUUUUGUAUUAAUUAGUAAAGAUAAUCAAUGUCAGCUAGAUUGGUCUGCAAUAUUCUCAUGGUAUACCAUGUCGCUUGUCUUAUGUGAUGCAAUUGUAGGUUUAUUAUAUACUGCAACACAUGGGUAUGCAAAAAUAAAAUAAAAUCUCAUCAUAUUCCAUGUGGAUUUUUUCAUGUA